UUUCAAAAAUGAAAAAUGGCCGUUACCAUCUCAACGAGCAAAAAUCCCUCUUAAAUCCAACGGCUAUAUUAACAUCAAUCCUUCUCUCCAUCUGUCUAUCGCCUGUCUAGAGAGAGUGAGAUAAUUUGGUUCUAGAGAGAGAGAUCUUGAUCAAGAGAGAGAGAGAGAAACAGAAAUGGAGAAAUCUGCAACUAUGGUGUCAGCAAUGGAGGCGUUCGAGAAGCUGGAGAAGGUGGGAGAAGGGACGUACGGGAAGGUGUACAGAGCGAGAGAGAAGGCCACCGGGAAGAUCGUGGCUCUCAAGAAGACUCGCCUCCAUGAGGACGAGGAAGGCGUUCCUCCCACCACUCUCCGCGAGGUCUCUAUUCUGCGCAUGCUCUCCACCGAUCCGCAUGUCGUCCGGUUGAUGGAUGUGAAACAAGGGCUGAGUAAGGAAGGCAAAACAGUUCUGUAUUUGGUGUUUGAGUACAUGGACACUGACCUCAAGAAAUUCAUCCGCAGUUUCCGUCAAACUGGAGAGAACAUUCCUCCCAAUAUUAUCAAAAGUCUGAUGUACCAACUUUGCAAGGGUGUGGCUUUCUGCCAUGGUCAUGGCGUCUUACACAGGGAUCUUAAACCCCACAAUCUGCUUAUGGACCGAAAGACAAUGAUGCUUAAAAUCGCAGAUCUUGGACUAGCUCGAGCAUUUACUGUGCCAAUUAAGAAGUAUACUCACGAGAUAUUAACCCUGUGGUAUAGAGCUCCUGAAGUCCUCCUGGGCGCAACUCAUUACUCAACUGGAGUGGAUAUGUGGUCUGUUGGGUGCAUAUUUGCUGAACUGGUCACAAAGCAAGCACUUUUUCCUGGAGAUUCUGAGCUUCAGCAGCUUCUUCAUAUCUUCAGGUUAUUAGGGACUCCAAAUGAAACAAUGUGGCCAGGAGUUAGCAAACUAAUGAACUGGCAUGAAUAUCCCCAAUGGAGCCCCCAAAGCUUGUCUAAGGCGGUUCCUAAUUUGGACAAGGAUGGAGUAGAUCUGUUAGCACAAAUGUUGCAGUAUGAACCCUCACUACGGAUUUCAGCGAAGAAAGCCAUGGACCACCCUUACUUUGAUGAUCUGAACAAGGCUGGUCUAUGACUUAGCCACAAGUCACUGAUAGAAUCAACAAACAUGUUGAUUACUGUUGGUUCUUUCAGCAGUUCGGUUCUUUUAGUUUGCUCAUGUUUUGUCUAGUAGGGAAAAACCAUGUAGUAAUGAAUGCUUCGGUUAAGUUGAUUA